GCCUGGGACUUUGGCCCAAGGACGAGGAGAUCCAUAAAACCAGGCCCAGUUCUCAACCUCACAUCUGCCACAAUGCUGCUGCUCAGCCUGACCCUUAGCCUGGGCCUCCUUGGCUCCUCCUGGGGCUGCGGCAUUCCUGCCAUCAAGCCGGUACUGAGCUUCAGCCAGAGGAUUGUCAACGGGGAGAAUGCAGUGCCAGGCUCCUGGCCCUGGCAGGUGUCCCUGCAGGAUAGCAGUGGCUUCCACUUUUGCGGUGGUUCCCUCAUCAGCCAGUCCUGGGUGGUCACUGCUGCCCAUUGCAAAGUCAUCCCUGGCCGCCACUUUGUUGUCCUGGGCGAAUAUGACCGAUCAUCCAAUGCUGAGCCUUUGCAGGUUCUGUCCAUCUCAAAGGCCAUCACGCACCCUUUCUGGAACCCUACCACCCUAAACAAUGACCUGACACUACUGAAGCUCGCCUCCCCGGCCCAGUACACAAAACGAAUCACACCAGUCUGCCUGGCUUCUCCAAAUGAGGCACUGCCUGCAGGCCUCACGUGUGUCACCACUGGCUGGGGACGCCUCAGCGGCGUGGGCAAUGUGACCCCAGCACGCCUGCAGCAGGUGGCUUUGCCCCUCGUCACUGUGAGUCAGUGCAGGCAGUACUGGGGCUCACGUAUCAGUGACUCCAUGCUCUGUGCAGGCGGCUCAGGGGCCUCCUCGUGCCAGGGAGACUCUGGAGGGCCUCUUGUCUGCCAGAAAGGGAACACGUGGGUGCUUAUUGGCGUUGUCUCCUGGGGCACCAGCAACUGCAACGUGCACAAGCCUGCCAUAUACACUCGGGUUAGCAAGUUCAGCACCUGGAUCAACCAGAUCAUAGCCUACAACUGAGACUAUCACAGGCCCUCUCCCCAUCUCAAUCCAAUAAAGACACCAUGCUCUGUC